UUUGUCACCCGAUGGAAAGAACCUUAAGCAGGUAUCUGAAUGAUGAAGUAACCCAAUAAUGCUGACUGUGCAGAUGAAAAUUAUUGAGAAAUGACAUGUUUUUGCUUCGAAUUUUAAACAAAAAUUGAGUUAUGUAAUCGAAGCACGUGCCUGUUAGCUGGAUUCGACUGAUUAGAACGUGCUGUUUUCAAGACGAAAGUUAUCAACAUGCUUUCAAAUUCUGACAAACAACUGAAAUUGCAGUCCCGUUGGGUUACUUGACAGCUUAUCAAAACUCAAGCCGAAAAACCUGUAAAAAGCAAAUGACGUCAUUUUCCUUCCCAGCGGCGUUCACUGCAGGUGUGGUACAAUCCCGGGAGGUAUUUUAGAACGUGGACAUUUUCCCUGCGCAUAGAAGGACAAAAACUUCUGGGAUCAGGAUUCGCCACAAUCGAAAGGCUGUGAAUUUUGUCGCAAGAACACUAGCUUUACCAAUCUAAGAAGAUUUUGUCCUACAAGGUGCGAGUUUCAUUCAAAAGCAUAUUCUAUGAAUAAUCCACUUCAACCACCUUAGCUACAGACCGAGGAAAAUUUGCAAAACAACGACAAAAACACGCGCAAGUAGAACAAAACAUUUAAAGCAGACGUGACUUGACAGCGCUGCUUAGUUGGUUGAUAUUGUAGUUUAUCAAUAACGGCUUCAAAUUACUAAAAUACUUUCCUCAGGGGAAUGAAGACAACAGUUUAAUUUUUUGAUAAUAUUGACCUUCUCCACUCUCUUGCAGAUGAACACAAUUCAAAUGGCAGGAUUUGUUUUCUACGUUAUGCUCAGCAUAACUUUAAGCAGUAGUAGUCCCUUAGAGAGAAUAAAACGUUCCUUAGGAGCUGGUGAUUGUCCCCCCGGUGUAUGGACAUGCCUCGCAGAAACGCGCGACUAUAGGAUGAUUGAAGAACCCAACCAAGAGAACUUUGCUGUUGGAGUCGACAACGUCGCUGGCCUCGCCGCCGCCUGCCCGCCUGGAGUAUGGACCUGCGUGCAUUUUAGUAAGCGACAAGCAGCGAAAAGAAAAACGAUGCUGGAAAAAAUGUCGAAGCAGCGAAGGAGAGUCCAGAGAUCGGUUAAGAACUGUCCCCCCGGAAUCUGGGUGUGUUAAGCCUCGAGUACGAUCCGCCUAAACGACUUCAAGAUUAUUUUGACGAACCGUAGAAUGCUACGAAAAGAACUGUGUUGUAGUUUCGCUCCUUAACUUAACAAUAUUAGCCUUCCAAUUUAAAAUUAUUAUAUAUUUAAACCUAUUUUAAAACAUUCCUCUGCUAAAAGGUUAAAGAACUGAGUUUUAUUUAAAGCAUGCAUUUAGUGUUAUUAUUUGUCUGGUUUGUUUAGCCCUUGGGGCGAAGUACUGGAUUAAAAACAUGGCACAAU